UGGCUGAGGGUGCGUCUACACAGUUUUCCGUCAUUGGUUAUAAUUGGAAUACAUGACUGUGGAAACCCGUUUAGUGGAAUAUUCGAAUUAUCGUCGUGUAGUUAGCUUGUUUUGAUAUGAGAUGGUCAGUUAAUGUGGCCAUGAUGUGACGUAGUUAAGGGACAGAAGAAGAAAUAACCCGGAUUUCCGCAGGUAUGCAAGGGUCGCUAUUUCCGUUGUCACUGCAUCAAGAGACUGUACAUGUCACUGAUUUAUUCACUAAGUGGGUUAUAACGCCUAGUCCUCUACACCCUGCAGCUCAAAGGGGCUGAAUGCAUAUGUGAGGAUUACUAAACACCACACCAUCAUGAAGUCACCAUCCUCUAGCUCAUAUAUUACCAAGGCAUGGGUGGAAUUUAUGCUUACUGAGUAUGAAAAUAAAAAAGAAACAGACACUAAAGUCACUGUCAAAACAUACAGUAUAAGGAAUGCUACCAAACCAGGAGAAAGCUUCAAUGCUGAACUUAUUCUUCUCGAUGUUCAAGCUGUGCUCAGUGGUGGAGAGGGUCCUGAGGAAGCCCCAGAAGACAAGGAAUACAACCUCAUUGUUAAGUUUCUGACUAAAGACCCCCUCUCUUGUGAGCUCAUAAAACGAUGUGGUUACCACAUAAAAGAACUUAUGAUGUAUUCUGAAGUAGUUAAGGAACUCAAUGAUUUUCAAGCUAUUCAUGCUAAUGAUGAAUUUCGUUUAGACCUCCCAGAAUAUAUUUAUGGCAAGUGUACUGAGAAAGAGUAUGUAUUGGUGAUGGGAAAUAUCAAGGUAUUAGGAUAUGAAACUAAUCCAAAAAGAGAGGGGCUAGACUUUCUACAUGCAAAAUUAGCUGUUAACCAUGUAGCCAGGUUACAUGCAGUUUCUUAUGCAUAUGAUAAAUCUCAUAAUUUUAUAGAGAAGUACCCUUGCUUUCAGUUCAGUAAUGCCAUAAGUGCAUUUUUUAAACCAGUUGUAUGGGCCUCACUAGCAAAUUCCAUCACAUUUUUAAAAAGUAAAAAGACUUAUGAAGAGAUGGUACAUAAAUUAGAGACAGGUAAGACUACUCUACCACUCAAGUUUGCUGCAUUGUGGGAUGACCAGACAAGACACAAGUUCCUCUGUCUCACACAUGGAGAUUUCUGGAACAGUAACCUCAUGUUCAAACAUGGAAGUUCAACAGUAAAUGAAGAGAGAUCUAUUGAAUCACUUAAGCUUAUUGACUGGCAGAUUUCACAGUGGAACAAUCCGGUAUUUGAUCUCCAUUACUUGCUUAACACCUCAACUUCAUUUGAAAUGAGAAGAGACCAUGCAGAAGAAAUUCUUAGACAUUACCAUACAACAUUCACUGAAGCAACAACAAAGAUGGGUACCCCUGUGCCCAAUUGGAAUUAUGAACAAUUUAAGGCAGAAUUUGAAAGAACAUCUCUUGUAGGGUUUCUCAUGGGGAUGUGCCUCAUACAGGGAACUUUAAGUAAAGCUGGAGAGAACAUUAACCAUACAGGUUCAACAUGCCUUAGUAAUGCCUGUUGUCACCCCUGUAAAGUUGUUGUAGACAAGAUAAAGACAGGGAUAGCAAAAGUUACUGUAUCUUUUGCCUUUAAACCCUCAUCAUCCUAUAUCAUGCGAGCAUGUGUUAAGAAAGUCUUGAGCCCUAUUGGUCAAGAACUAGUUGAAGGCAAUAAUGAGGUUUUAAAUGGGCGACUUCUGGACCUCCUGAUGGAAGCAGAUGAAAAAGGGGUGUUAGAUGUGUUGACUUUAUAAAAGUGUUGGAAACGUUACUUAAGUGUACAGACCAUAACAUUUGGUCACGUCCUUUGCUUACUGUCUUUCUUAUUCAGGUGAUUUGCCUUUUCAGAAUAUCAGCAAUUACAGAUGCAUUUCUUAAUAUUACAUAGGUGAAAAGAUUCCUAUUUUUAUAUCUUUUAUGAGUAAAUAUUCAUAAAUUGAAAAUGAACUUAAUGUACAGUUUAAUAAAGUUUAUACUUAUGACAGCUUGAGGAGAGUGGAUAUCAGGGAACUUUAUUGCUUCUGCUUUUGUAGCUCAGUAUUGUAAAGUAUUAUGACAUUAAUUAAGUGAAAAUGUCUCAGUCACAUUUAUGCGUUAUCCCCAUGACAGGUUUUAAGAUGACUAUAUGAAUAUAAUAAAUUGUGUCCCUUGUGCUUUCUAUAAUGAAUUGAUUACAUAAUGAUAGAUGCCUUUAUACACAGUCAAAGCUAGCUGUUCUGAUUUUACUGUACACUACGUAUAUUUAAAUUGAUUGCUUAUGUAAUGUAUUUCAUGACUGAUUCAUUGAAUGUACAGUAUCUUUAUCUGUUUUACAUUUUUAAUCGCCAAUAAAUGGAUGCUCUUGACAAAAUUAAAAAUGUAUUCUAUUUAGAUAUUAUUAGUCCAACUAUUUACGAACAAUUUAUUUUAGAUAACAAAAUUAGUUACAAAACAUAUACACUACGUACUAUAUGAUUCACAAGCUAUGCAGAAUAAAAAUAUUUUUGUAAUUUUCUUGUUAACUUAGUUUUUGUAUGACAAUGGCAACUUACAUUAGAGGUAUUAUUGUACACUGAUGUAUUUUAAAAUACCAAACUAUAUUUAUUAUCCAAUGUUGAAUGUUGACAAUUUUAACUACAAGUUCUUUGUUUCUGUGGUUUACAAGUUAUUUUAAUGGCACAAAAACUAUAUGAUGUAGAUUGUUUUUAUUUUUUAAAACUUUAUUUCUUC